GGCCAAUGGGAGACGAGAUCAUCCAAUCUCCAGCAGCUGUACGCGUGAUUAGGAGGACCUGUGGAGCCACUCCUAACUACACAGACACACACACACACCGACCAGCAGUCUGAAGGUGAGGCGGCCGGUGGAUUAUACCGCUCUAUGGACCUGAAGCUAAAAGGCUAAAGACAACGAAAGCCCUUCACACCUUCCUAAAGUGUGGCCCCCACUGUGAAUCUUCGAGAAGACGUUCAAGUAGGCCUACUUUUAGUGGAUCCUUGCCAUUACGACUUUUUGGCUUUUUAGGUUUGCUUUGCAAAAGUUGAACCGAUGAGCACGAAACACCGGUAGCCGUACCUAGCAUUUCGUGUCGAGCGUGAAGCGGUUUGUUAGCCCGAGGCUUGAAAGGAUGUCCGACAGGUCGCAGAGUCCGGCCUCUGACUGCAACAGCCGACCGUAUGACUUCAGCCGGGCCAACCUCUACAGCCACCCCACCAUGGGGCAGGACAACCUGGGAAACAACGCCGGGUCACUGCAGCUCCCGUCCGGCGUCCUCCAAGACCCGGGUCUCCUCUUCAACAAGGCCACUUAUAACGGGAUCGCCCAGGCCACGGCGCAGACAUUUUUCCCCUUCCAUCACGUCGCUGGGGACUACAGGACCUCCGAUCUACAAACUGGAGAGUUUGGCCAACCCAAGCAUUGGUAUCCCUUCGCCGCGACGGACUACACCGGACAGGUACCCGGGGUCAUGGCGACCAAUCAGCCCACCAACCUCAGUCCUCCCAUCGCUGAAACAAGGGAACAGAUAAAAUUGCCCAUGCCUGAGAUCAAAACAGAAAAGGAACCGGAGGAAGACUAUUCCGCCGAGAUAAAGGCCCAGCAUUACACCACCGCCGCGGCCUCCGCGCCCAUGGCCCACGGUGUCUACUACUCCCCGGCGUGGAACCCGUCCUUCUGGCCGGGUCUUGCACACAUCACCCAACACCCCAUUAAUCAAAACCCGUCCACGUCGUCCGCGUCCUCCCCGUCUCUCUCCCCCUCGCCACCGAGCAACGGAGUCCAGGCUAACUCGUUCUUUAACGGGAACGCAAACCAGGUGGUGCCCGCACCUCCGGCUCAGAACUCGGCCCCGACCCGCAGCAGUGGGUCCUCUAGCGGGGGAUGCAGUGACUCGGAGGAAGAGGAGAACUUGUCUACUGAAGAACUGGAGCAGUUCGCUAAGGAGUUGAAGCACAAACGGAUCACUCUGGGCUUCACCCAAGCGGAUGUAGGCCUCGCCCUCGGUAACCUCUACGGCAAGAUGUUCAGUCAGACCACCAUCUGUCGGUUUGAGGCGCUCCAGCUGAGCUUUAAGAACAUGUGCAAGCUGAAACCGCUGCUUCAGAGGUGGCUGAACGAAGCAGAGACUUCAGAUAAUCCUCAAGAUAUGUACAAAAUUGAGCGUGUGUUCGUGGACACCAGGAAGAGGAAGCGGAGGACCAGCCUGGAGGGUACGGUCCGCUCCGCCCUGGAGUCGUACUUCAUCAAGUGUCCCAAGCCCAACACCAUCGACAUCACGCACAUCUCCGAUGACCUCGGGCUCGAGAGAGACGUGGUCCGCGUGUGGUUCUGCAACCGCCGGCAGAAGGGCAAGCGGCUGGCGUUGCCCCUGGACGAGGAGUGUGACGGCCAGUACUACGAGCAGAGCCCCCCGCCUCCUCAUCCUCCUGCCAUGGGCAUGAUGCCCUCGUCCAUGCCCGGCCAGGGGUAUCCAGUGCACCCGUACCCGGGCGGCCCGCCCACCCUCUACAUGCCCCAGCUGCACCGGUCCGACGCCUUCAAGCAGGGCCUGCACCCCGGGCUGGUAGGUCACCUGACGGGAUAGUCCACCAACCCUCCAAAAACAACAAUCACCUCCGACCUAUGAUGGAGUUCCCCCCACCCCCUCAGUCAUAGGGAGAGUGGAGGUCCCACAACAGACUCGUGUGCGAGAGGGCUUGUUGACAACCCGGUCCUGUAAGACUCGGCAUCGUUUGGAUGUUUAUCUCUUUCGGACGGCUACCUCAGUCAAGUAUUUGCACCGCCGUGCCUUUUCUAUUUUUUAUUUUUUGGUCCUCCGAAGGAGCGACUACUUGUGUAUUUUAGAUUGUUUCGUCAGUUGGAGGUCAUGCCACGGG